CUCAAACUCGCUCGGCUCCAGCUCCGGCUGCGGGGAGAGGCGGCGGACGGGUGCUGUUUAAAGCGACAGGACCCGCUGGCGGCCGCCCCGCUCCCCGUGUGCAUGUUUUGUUUUGCUCCGCUCCAGCAUGGGCAGCGCCGGCGGAGCCCCGCGGCCCGGGCCGCCCGCGCUCCCGCAGCCGCCCCGGCCUCGGCUCUGAAGACGGCGCAGCCCCAGCGCGGCGGAGACAGCGCGGUUCGCCCCGCGCUCUCGCAUGGAGGGAAGAAGCAUGUCCCGUCUGUCUCUAACACGCUCCCCGGUUUCUCCUCUGGCCGCCCAAGGAAUCCCUCUGCCAGCCCAGCUCACCAAGUCCAACGCUCCCGUGCACAUCGAUGUAGGAGGGCACAUGUACACCAGCAGCCUGGCUACCCUCACCAAGUACCCAGACUCCAGAAUAAGUCGCCUGUUUAAUGGCACCGAGCCCAUCGUGCUGGACAGUCUGAAGCAGCAUUACUUCAUCGACCGGGACGGGGAGAUCUUCAGGUACAUCCUCAGCUUCCUAAGGACAUCCAAGCUGCUGCUCCCGGACGACUUCAAGGACUUUAAUCUUUUAUAUGAAGAAGCAAAGUAUUACCAGCUGCAGCCAAUGAUUAAGGAACUGGAGCGGUGGAAACAAGAGAAAGAACAAAGGAAACAUUUCCAGCCUUGUGACUGCUUGGUCGUAAGAGUGACUCCAGAUCUAGGGGAGAGGAUUGCACUGAGUGGGGAGAAAGCUCUCAUAGAAGAGAUCUUCCCAGAGACUGGGGACGUGAUGUGCAACUCGGUGAACGCCGGCUGGAACCAGGACCCUACCCACGUCAUUAGGUUUCCUCUCAACGGCUACUGCCGCUUGAAUUCCGUGCAGGUGCUGGAGAGGUUGUUCCAGAAGGGCUUCAGCGUGGCAGCCUCGUGCGGCGGCGGGGUGGACUCGUCGCAGUUCAGCGAGUACGUGCUGUGCCGCGAGGACCGGCGGCCGCAGCCCACCCCCACCAUCAGGAUAAAGCAGGAGCCCCUGGACUAGAGCCCGGCCCCACUCCUUUGUACCACCCCUGCUAGUGUUUGAUAGCCCCCACCCGAAACACUAAGGACUGCAAAACAGUGUUAGCAAACAGACUCUGACUUGCCGUCGCCGUUAGCGGCGCUCUGAAACUACCUGUCCCAGCCAGCCCCGGCGCCUGCCUGGCACAGCUCUGCAGCCUGGCACAGCUCUGCAGCCUGGCACUCCUGGGGCCUGCUGGGCACCUCCUCUGUGCUCAGCAGCUCUGCUGGUGGAAAAGGCAAAGGUGCACCGACACCCGGCCCCCAACUGGACUUCCGCAAAAGGACCAACUGAAGCCAUCUGGACGGAGGAGCUGGAGCAGGGAUCCUGGCAGCCCUUCCAGCAGCACCCUGCUGCUGUGCCGUGGGGAAGCAGGGCCCCCAGGAGCAAGGUGGGACCCCAGAAACUGCACUGACUGACUGCCCUGCCUGCCACGGCCUUGACACAUCGUCCCACACACUCCACUUCUGAUUGUACUCACUCCUGCUAUCAAAUGGCUUAUUUUUAUACAACAGCGUUUCCACCUCUGUGGACAGCCCCCAGAAUCGGCAGGGGACCCACUUCCAGUCACCUGGUGCUCAGUGCAGAAACCCCACCCAGACAAAACACACCAGCCACACAGCAAGGUGACGGGGCUGCUGGUGGCAGCAAAAGCAGGGACCCGGAAGCACAGACUGGAUGCCAUCCACCAUCACCCCAGGGUCACAAAGCUAACCUGGAGCUGCAGUUCUCUUGAAGCAGUCUUGUUUUGACUCAGAACCUGUUCUGUUUUGCAUCACCCAGGCAGAGUGGUUCUACCAAGCAAGCUCUGCCACCCCUUGUCUCUCACUCACGUCCUGGCCGUGUUGCAAGCCCACCCUGUGGAGGGAAGGUGAAGGAUUCUGGAUGAGCCCAACUCUGCCUGGGGCUGGAACGUCUGCAAAGAAAAGUUCAAGCCCCCUCCUGCCAUUGCCCAAUGAGAGCAGGCUGCCAUUUAGCUCACAAUGGUUUUCCUCUGUGAUUUUAAGCCUCCUCCAUAGCUGCCCUCUUGCUGUGCUGUUUUCCCUCUCGGAAGCUUGCUGGCUGCAGGAGGAUUCUGCUCCCUCCAGGCGCUGGUAUCGACUGCGGCUCGCAGGGCCUCCUCACUCAGGAGAUGGCACCGCGCUGGCAGGUGCAAGGCGAUCAGCGGCAUUUUGCUAGGUCCUGCUUACUGCUCUUGGGCUUGGUUGGGUCCUCAAGAACUACUUCACCUGUUGGCCACCGUUUAGUUCCUCCCACGUUAAUUUAUAGCACACCCCUGCAGAUGCUGAACCUCACCGGAAGGUUUUCUAGGUGCAUAAACAAAGCCGCACAGAACAAGUGACAGAGCGCGCCGGGGGCACAGACCCUCCCGUGCCGAGCGACUGCCACCAGGCAGCACAACCAACCAUGUUCAGGACUCGUUUUUUGUUCCCUUAGUGAUGAGCUGCACUGACUGCCCAAGGUACAACCCAGGCGGGCCUCUGAGCUUCGGAAAAGGGCUGGCUACCUGUCCCUGGCCAACCUGGAGCUGUGCAGGCUGUCUCACCGUGG